AUGGGGCAGCAUGGACUAGACCUCGAAGCCGGUCAGGCAGCGAGGAGUGACUGCGGGGACAUCGGCGCCUCCGCCUGCAACACCUGCGUCGCCACGGGCUUCCAGGACACGCAGCAGUUCUGCGCGUUUGCCAAGGACGCCGCCGUGUACUAUGACUCCUGCCUCCUCUGCUUCUCCAACACAAACUUCAUCGCGACCGCCGACAACGAUGUUGUGAUGAUCCUCAUGAACACCAAGAACUUCACGGGGAACGCCGACUCCAUGAGGCUCAUGCUGUUCACGCUGCUGAAUGACACGACCCAGCAAGCGGCCGGCAGCUCGACGAGGUUCACGACCGCGCGCCUGGACAUCAGCUUGCUGCCGACGAUGUACUGCCUCGUGCAGUGCAUGCCCGACCUCGCCGCCGGCGAGUACGCGGCGUGUCUGCGGGACUUCCUGCAGCUGACGCUCCGGUACCUCGACGGGAAACAAGGAGGUCGGCUGAUCGGGGUUCGGUGUAACAUGAGGUACGAGAUCUACCCUUUCUACAAUGGGGACCCGAUGCUGCGUAUUAUCUCACGGGCCCCUGCAGUACCGGCGAUCAAUAGCACGCCGCCGGGAACGCCUAUCACAGUGUUUCCGCAGCCGCCACUGCCGCCGGCGUCAGUCCCGGCCGGUCCAGCACAAGAACACAGAGACAGAGAGGGAGAGAUAGAGAGAGGAGGCAGGGCACGCCUGAGUGCCAGCAGCAGGGAGGGGUGCGCCGCCGUGGUGUCCUCCUCCUCCAACUCUGGGGAGCACGAGCGCGAGAGGCGGGCGAGCGGCGUGGAGGUUGGCGGCUCGCCGGAGGCGGGCGUGUGGGGCAUGGAGGCUGGUGGCUCGCAUUCACGAGAGGCGUGCUCGCGACGUGGAGGCCGGUGGCUUGCAGCCACGGGAGGGGCUCUUGCAGCGGUGCGUGUUGGGGCCAGGGCAUCUGGCGGCGGCGCACAGGCGGGCUCUGCGGGGCAGCGCACGGGCGGGCUCUGCGCGGCAGCACGUAGGCUCGGUCCCAUGACGGCGCGAGUGCAGGCUAGGGAGGGGAGCUCACAGCAGGUUGAAGCGCCGCUCCCUCGCCCAGCGGGCUACAGCGCGCGGCGCGAGCCAGGGGCGGCGGUUGGAGCAGAGGCGGCGGCAUAG